AAACCUUUGGUACCGAACAGGCGCCAUCUUAGAGUACGGUGUCCAGCCUCGCAAUACGUCCAUGCUGUUAACAUCGGGACCGUUCAAGAUUUCGGAAUUCAUCGUCGUCUUAAAAUGUUUUUUUUAUUAAACCGUUGAGCGCAGUGAUGGAUCAAACCAUCGCCGAAAUGUGUUUGGAGUUUGAAAGUAGGAUCGCAGUUUAUGAGGCUGAAAUCUCGCGUCUAAAGGAGGAAAACUGUCGUCAGAGGAAACUACUGGACGCCGUUCAUAAACCUGAAGUACGGCUCUACAAAUCAGACCUCCAGCAGCUCUUAGUUUCUGAAGAUGAGGUUCCCUCUGUGAAGCAGGAGUUGAGUCCCUGUCUGAGCCCAGAGGAGCCAGAGCCCCCAUACAUUAAAGAGGAGGAGGAGGAACUAUGGUGCAGUCAGGAGGAAGAGCAGCUUCAAGGAUUGAAGGAGAAGGCUGACAUUAUUAAGCUGUCAUCUUCUCCUGUCCCUGUGAGGAGUGAAAAUGAUGAAGAGAAAGUUCAGUCCUCUCAGCUUCAUCAAAGCCAAACUGAGGAGAAAAGAGAGGCAGAGCCUCCAGCCUGCACCUCAACUGAGCAGAUGAAACCAGAACCUGAUGGAGAGGACUGUGGACCAUCAGAACAAACCAGAAACCUCGAUCAAGAUGGUGCUUUACAACCAACGAGUGAUGGAAAUCUUUCUUCAGACUGUUGUGAAAGUGAGACUGAAGACAGUGAUGAUGGCUGGAACAAAGCUAGACAACCUCAGACAGAGAACAAUGAAAUCAGUAAUAAGAGGUCUGCUGAGAAUAAACCCUUCAGUAGCUCAGUCUGUAGUAAAGGAUUUACUACAAGAGGAAACAUGCAAAGACACAUGACAAUACAGAAAGGAGAGAAACCUUUCAGUUGUUCAGUCUGUGGAAAAGGAUUUACUAGAAGAGGAACUCUGCAGAGUCACAUGAGAAUACAUACAGGAAAGAAACCUUUCAGUUGCUCAGUCUGUGGUAAAACGUUUUCUGAAAGAUGGCAUAUGAAGACACACAUGAGAAUACAUAUAAAAACAAAACCCUUCAGUUGCUCAGUCUGCGGUAAAGUGUUUUCUAGAAGAGGACUUAUGAAGACACAUAUGAGAAUACAUACAGGAGAGAAACCUUUCAGUUGCUCAGUCUGCGGUAAAGAGUUUUAUCAAAUAGGACAUAUGAAUACACACAUGAGAAUACACACAGGAGAAAAACCCUUUAAUUGCUCAGUUUGUGGUAAAGGGUUUUCUCAAAAAGGAACUAUGCAGUCACACAUGAGAAUACAUACAGGAGACAAACCCUUCAGUUGCUCAGUCUGCGGUAAAGAGUUUUCUCAAAUAGGACAUAUGAAGACACACAUGAGAAUACAUACAGGAGAAAAGCCCUUUAAUUGCUCAGUUUGCGGUAAAGAGUUUUCCCAAAAAGGAACUAUGCAGUUACACAUGAGAAUACAUACAGAAACAAAACCCUUAAGUUGCUCAGUAUGCGGUAAAGAGUUUUCCCAAAAAGGACACAUGCAGUCACACAUGAAGACACAUACAGGGGAAAAACCCUUUGGUUGCUCAGUCUGCGGUAAAGUGUUUUAUAGCAGAGGAUAUAUGAAGACACACAUGAUAAUACACACAGGAACAAAACCCUUCAGUUGCUCAGUCUGCGGUAAAGGCUUUUCUCAAAGAGGAAAUAUGCAGUCACACAUGAGAACACAUACAAGAGAGAAACCUUUCAGUUGCUCAGUCUGCAGUAAAGGGUUUUCUCAAAAACACGUUAUGCAGACACACAUGAGAAAACAUACAGGAGAGAUUAUCACUUCACAAUCUUCUGUAAAGGGUUUACGAGAAGAGGACAUGUGAGCAUAUACAUGACAAUUCAUUCAGAAGAUGGGACGGGAAAGGAAAGGAGGUCAGGGACCCUUUAAGUAUUUGUGACGCCAUACAAUUUUUUCAGUAUACAAAUAUUGGUGUUUCCCACACAUAGACUCUAGUUGGGCAGGCCACACAGGGAUAGUAACAGCUGCCAAAGUAUAUUUGGUGACCUGUUUUAGCAUGCAAAAUUAUUAUUUUUUUAUCCGGCUGAGAGAACGACGCCAAUCGCGAUCGAUUAACUGGUGGACAAUCUCCCCUCACUCUACCCUUCCCAGACCUGUUUUGUUCUGUUAUCACGAGAAGGGUCUGCUGACAAUCUCGCACAUGCUCUGCAGAAAAACAGAGAGAUGUUCUCUAGUACAGAGCCCCUGAGUGGUCACAUCAUGUUUUAUUUCUAGUUCGUGCACUCAUUGUACUAAAUCGUGCGCACAUUUUACUUGUGUGUGUGUGUUUGGUAUUUUUUUUCUUUUACUAGUUUAUGCACUCGUUUUACUAAAUUACAUGUCCUUGGAGUUCGGUAAAGUUGGAAAUAUAUUUACAGAUUCGAACUUCCAGGAUCAAUAGCUCAUAAGCAAAAUGGUGUUUAAACACAAUUGGCGCUUCUUUCCUGCUAUAGUCAGGUAGACAAUGAACUACAACCUAAUUUUUCACCAAAAUGAGGCAUCCUUCAAGCUGGACAAAUAACAUUGGUCUCUGUAAAUCUGGCUUUGAGACGAGCGCACAGGGACCAUCUAAAAAGUGCAGCACCAAAAAGAAAUAGUCAAAAAGUAUUCAAUAACUUCACUCUCAUGCAGUGUGGUGCCCCUAAAAUCAUUUCACACAUCAGUUGUUUCCUGUUGGUUAUACGAUGAGACUUAGUUUGUAAAAAUGUGCUUUUGCAUAAUUUUGGGGUAUUUUUACUGGUUAAAUAUUCAAUAAUUUCACUCUUAUACAAAAUAAUUAUGCAAAAGCACUUCUUUGUACAUGUAUGUUAAAGAGUUUUUUCUUCUUUUUUUUUUUUUACUUUGUCUUACUCUUCCCAUGUGGGUAGAUGGAGG